GCGAGGACCAAUUACACACCAGUAUACUACUCAUUACCAAGUAGCAAGUUGCUAAGGCGGAUUGAAAUAAAACUGAGCUCCACUGCAAAGCCAGCCACAGAGGGACGACAUCAACCGAACAAACGAGACACGAGAAAAAUGCAGCCAACAUUGCUAGUGACUGUCUUCUUCUGCACUCUUGUGGCUGUUGAGGCAGGUACCAAGGCACUCGCAGAAGAAUGCACAGCUGACACUGACUGCGCUGACACUAACGCAGCCUGUUCAACAGGAACUACAAGAGUGUGCGAGUGUAAAGCUACCUUCACUAAGAUUGAUACAGUUUGCGCUGCUGAACACACAAUUGGAACCGCCUGCUUAUCAUCAGAUGGAUCAAAGGGUGACUGCUUGGAUGUCAACGCCAUUUGUCCAGCAAGCAAGAAGUGUGAAUGUAAAUCAGGAUACAAAGGAACUCCUGGAGGAACAUGUGCCGAUAAGAACCAAGGGAGCGCACCAGCACAGAUGUCCAUCUGGAUGCUGUGUAUGACCGUCAUUGGGAUGUCACUGGCUGUCUACGUGGUGUGACACUCAGUAACAUACUUUGGACAUGCUGACGGUGUGAUAUUCUUUCUGUCCAGGACUAAGAACGUUCUUUCUCAAACUUAUUUCCUAAGACUGUUUUUGUAAUCAAAAACUCACUUUCUUUAAUGUCUCUUGCCAUAAUUUAUCAAAUUCAUUAGCUGGUAGGACGAUCUGAUGCAUUAGAUGCUGCAAUUGGUUUGAUCACCUGCUGUGGCUAGAAAUUCGUUUACAGUAUAGGACAACAAACAAACUGAUAUUUUUGAGUCGAUUUAAAAGUAUCUUGUACAAAGCGAAUUGUGAAAAAGCUGCGUUUUUACAUACUGAAUAACAAGAUUAAAUGAUAGAUGAAACUGUGUAGUCAUUAGAAUACAGUGAGUGACAACGGUGACAACAAUCUUUUAGCUGUUAUAUCAGUCUUCAUUAAUCUUCGGUAAUUUUUCAAUAAACUUUAUUCCAUUCAGUCACCAGUCUAUCACCAGUGUUAUAUGCAGUCGAGGAGUCGUAAAUACCAGCUGUUAACUGUUAUCUCUCGUCCCUCCAUUCAUUUUCAAGUAUGAUCUAUGGGAUAUAAGCCAUAGUGAUGAAAAUGACGGAGGCAUUACUCUAUAUGCCAUGUAACAGGUGGCAACAUCAAAUAUAUACAAAUUAAAACCAGCAACACUUUCCUUCGACAAAAUGGCAGCAAAAAUUCAAACUAUUUGAUUUAGAAGCUACUUCAUAGCUAUACCUGACAGUUAUGAUGUGACAGAAUGUUGUGCUUAAUUAAUUUGCAAAACCAAUAAUUCGAUGCUGUUUGUCAUAAGACUUUAUCUUUAGACGAAUUUUAUGAAAAUAAAAUCUUACUAUACAAAAA